UUUGACUUUUUAUCUCAGAAUUUACUUUUCGUCUCCUAAUUGUGACUUUUUAUCCCAUAUUUUUGACUUUUCACCUCAAUUAUGACUUUUUAUCUCAUAAUUUCGACAUUUUAUCUCAUAAUUUUUUACUUUUUUUAUCUCAUAAUUAGAAUUGGAUAUUAGAAUAUUGUGGAAAAAGUUCAAUAUGUGAGUCCGUAGCAGGCUGAUCUCCUCCAUGCCACCAAGUAUUAAUGCAGUAAUUCAUGCAAAAGGAGCCCAACCAAGUAUUGAUGUAUAGAAAUGAACAGACUUUUCAGAAGCCUGACAUUUUUGUUUUUAAAAAAUCCUUUUUUUAAUUGAUCUUAUGUAAUAUUCUAAUUUUCUGAGACACUGAGUUUUGUGUUUUCUUUAUCUCUAAGCCAGAAUCAUCAAAAUUACAAGAAAAACAGGCUUGAAAUAUUUCACUCUGUGUGUAAUGAAUCUAUAUAAUAUAUGAGUUUCACUUUCUGAAAUUAUUGACAAAAAAUAUUGAACUUUUUCAUGAUAUUCUAAUUUUUUUGAGGUGUACCUUUGGCUUUGUACAGGCAAACAUGACCAUCAAAAUGCUCUUAAGUCAUAAAAGAUUAAUAUAAUAUUCUAUAAUAAUAUAACAGUUUGACAGGACCUCAAAGUUGCUCUGAUGUCCUAAGAAUACAAAAAUAUGUGUCAAAAAGGUGCCAUAAAAUUACAGAUUCAUAUUAAUUUUCCACUUUCACUCACAUAACUACCAAAUAUUAAUUUAUUUUCAGAAAUGUAACCCUUUAAAUGCCAUUUUAUCUUUACACUCUCGGAUAUAUCAAUAAUAAGACAUUUCUUUUGCAUUUUUAGCUUUUUUUGCAGGAUUUUUUUUAACCUUAAAGAACAUAAAGUCCCCUACUUUAAACUGCUAUAAAAAUGAGUAUUAAUGCACUAAUUCAUGAUUCAAAAGGAGCCCAAACCAAGUAUUGAUGUAUAGAAACGAACAGAAUUUCCAGAAGCAUCACAUUUGUGUUUAAAAUGUCCUUUUUUAAAAAUUAUUCUUAUGUAAUAUUGUAAUUUUCUGACACACUGAGUUUUGUGUUUUUUAUUAUCUCUAAGCCAGAAUCAUCAAAAUUACAAGACAAACAGGCUUGAAAUAUUUCACUCUGUGUAAUGAAUCUAUAUAAUGUAUGAGUUUCACUUUCUGAAAUAACUGACAAAAAAUAUUGAACUUUUUCAUGAUAUUCUAAUUUUUUUGCAGUAGUGCUGCAAGACAUAAGUAAAAUAUUUAAUAAUGUUACUCGGUUAUCUGAACUCAGUUAUGCCUUCCAAUAAACUGUUAAAAUACAACAGAUUCUGGUUGAAUGAAAGAAAGAAAUGGAAUUAUGUUCACCAAAGAAACAACAUAAUUGUUGUCGAUCGAUGUCUGAAUUGUUGUCAGUGUUGUGUUGAUGUGAUGCAGGUGAAAACAGGUGACACCCUAAAGGAGAGCUUCCUUCCUUCUUCCUGGUUAAAGUGAAGACCUGUCAGCGGCCAUGAAGACAUUUUUAAUAUGCUGUUAACAAAAGUGGAAAAUGGAGAUGAGCACGGAACUGUCUGUUUUACCUUGUUUUCUCUCUUUGUCUAUGCGCUGUUGCUUCUGCCUCUGUUUUCUCUUGCUAGUAAAGACGUGAAGGGAAAUAGACGACCGAAUGGAAGUCCAACGGCACCAGAAUUAACAACUCAAGACAAGACGAUGACGGAUGUUACCCAUCCAGACGCUGAAGUCCAGUCCCAUUCAAUAACCCCUUCCUUUGUUUUGUUUUUUAACUUUUCAGCUUUGCAUUUCUAUUGGAGUGUGGUGCCCCGUCACUUUCUCGACGGCCCCUAGUGAGACCCCUGUUUCAAAGGCUCACAGGGAGCUCGCUGCUGAUUGAAAAUCCCAGCGAGCACUGACAUAACGCUCCAAUAAUCUCCUCCCUGCAUAUCCACAACACCAACCUUACACCUUAUCUGUGACCCUUCAAUCUCCUUUACGUUCUGAAGACCGCCAGCACCAUGUCCCACCCCCACUAUAACCCUUACGCCUCUGGGAACCAAAGUUCUACCCAGGGCCAGUAUGGACUUUCAAGUAUCCAGGCAGAGAGGGACCGUCAGAGGCAGUCUUCUCGCCAUGGACCUGGAGCCAACUUCAGCUCCUAUCAAGCUCCUUCUGCGCCUCCUGCCAACUCCGGGAGAAUGAUCCCGUCGCUGCAGCCGAUGGACUACAGGCCCGAACAGAAUAGGGCCAUAGUAGAGGAGAACAUCGAGCGGUCUGUGGACAUGCAUAUUAGCAGAGCCAGAGAGGAGGUGAGGCUGCUUGGCAAACCGAUGCAUCAACCGAUAGACCAGGGCUCUCGCUUCACCAGCACUCAGAGAGAGGAGUUCCCCUCCUCAGGAACAAGGAUGCCCCCCUAUCCAAUGUCCUCAACCUCUGACUCUCUAGGACAUAGACACUCGGGAGGUGAAAGAAGCAGCCGAUCCUUGGCGUGGCUGUCGGACUACAAAAGAUCCACUGCUGAUGAGCCCUCUAACUUUUAUUCAUCAUCCACUUCGUCUCACUAUGCAAGCGGUGGUGACGGUAGGUUUAAUGCCUCCAGUGAAAAAGAACGUGACAUGCAGUCCAUUCCAGGGUUAGGGGGUUUUGACCCUCCACCUCAAGACGAACCAGCAGCCCCGCCAGAGUCCACUCGACCCAAAUACACCCCUGAAGUAGCUUCUGACAUCCUUCAGCAUUUUGGACUUGAAAAGGAGGACUUGGAGCAGCUUAUCUCCUACCCAGAAGACCAGAUCACUCCGGCUAACCUGCCAUACAUCCUGUGGCAAAUCCGUAAUGAGAAGACCAAGAGAGAAACAACCGCAGUUCAUUCAAAAUCCCGUCCUGAACCCAAACCCACCAGGAAUGUGAGUGGGAUGGACAGUUACAGUUUGAGUAGUUCAGGAGGGGCCAGGAUACGCCAGCAGGAAAUGUCAUCAUCAGCUGUUCUCCAGCCGAGUAAAGUGAUUGACUAUGGGCAUACUGGCAAAUAUACUGGAGGGCUUGGGUAUGAGACUGGGAAAAGCACAAGCAGUAGAGCCGAUAGUGGUGGAAGCAGAGGAAUGUUGCUUAUGGACACUCAUGAUAGUAGCAGACAUGAUCGAGAACCACCGCUUAAAAAUACAACUGAGGUGAAAAGCGGUGUCUUGGAUUUGGCAAAUGACCAGAUGAAGCCUGCUUCCAGGUUCGGCUCUUUAUUUAGUUCAAUCCUGAGCUCUGCAGCUCCCUCAAGCAACGAUCAGACACGGUUGCAGACCCAACCAAACCAGACAUCCCAACCAAUGAGCUCUUUCUCUCUGCCGAAGAAAGACACAGACAUUCGAGUUCUUAAGUCUGAAACCCCCAAACCGAUUCUUUUCAAACAACCAGAGGUAGAUAAACAGGCCAUGUUGAAGGAGCAACCAUCUUCCACUCUAAAGCCUGCUGCGCAUCCCACUCGAAGUGGCUUUGUUGUCAUUGACAAAAAUUAUGCCAGUGGCUCCAAGGAUCAGAGUAAAACUAGAGGACAAGGGUCAAUUGCUGAGCCGAUAAUAAAGCAGCAGCAGAUGCCGAUACAGCAGCAAUCGAAGCAACAGGUGCAGCAAACGCAGAAGCAACCGAUUCAGCUGCAAUUGAAACAAGAGACACAAAAGCAACCAAUACAGCAGCAAUUGCAGCAACAGGUGCCGCAAACUGAGAAGCAGCAGAUACAGCCGCAACCGCAGCAACAGACACAAAAGCAACCAAUACAGCAGCAAUUGCAGCAACAGGUGCCGCAAACUGAGAAGCAGCAGAUACAGCCGCAACCACAGCAACAGACACAAAUGCAACCAAUACAGCAGCCACAGACGCAACAAACACCGAAUCAGUCGGUACCACAGAUGGGGCAAGCGAUGUGGGCUCCAGUUUUUUCUGUUGGACAAUCGGUUGCUCCUGCCUCUCACAUCCCCGGCAUCACAGAUCACAUGCAACAAACGCAGUUUAUCCCCGGAGGUCUUUCCCCCGUCGUAGUUCCUCCAGUUCCUUCCCAGCCAGCCCUGGGCCUGAUGAAUCUUAUGGAUCUGGUGCUGCCGGCAUCCAGCCGGCAGCCUCCGGCCGACCCUCCGGUCAACACGGAUCUGCCAACAGUGACUGUGAUGCAGGACUAUGCAGCGAUCACGCCAGAAAUCUUUCCACAUACCUGUUCUCUGUGUAACAAUCAAUGCACUGUGAUGAAGGAUUGGAUCUCCCACCAGAACUCCGGUCUUCAUCUUGAAAACUGCAAACUCCUACGUAUACGAUUCCCAUUGUGGGAUGGUCAGCUAGCACUCAGUGCCAGAGUAGGUAAAGGUGCCAAAGCGUCGCCCUCAACCUCUUCAAAGACUUCCCAGCAUCGCCACCAGAAAUCCAGGCGUGAAAGCUCCUCCAGUUCCCGCUCGCCGAGCCCCCGUCACCGCCACAGCUCCGGGGGUCGAAGGGACAAACGAAGAAGCCGAUCACCAUCACCGUACAUCGCCAGACAGCGCCGCAGAUCCCGGUCCCGUUCUCAUUCUCCUUGGUACGACCGCCCUACGUCCUCCCGAUAUCGGUCACGUUCAAGGAGCCAUGAAAGACGAUCGUCAUGGAGGAGGAGCCACGAGCGACGAUCACCUCCGAGGAGGACCCGAGAGAGACGAUCGUCUCCGAGGUGGAGCGACGAGAGACGAUCGUCUUCACGGAGCAGCGAAGAGAGACGAUCGCCAUCGAGGAGGAGCGACAAAAGACGAUCCCCUCAACUGGAAAAGUCCAGUAGUGCAGAGGGCCUGGCCAAGAAACUGCUGGAAACAUCAGCUGUCCAAUCUCUGUCAGAAAAGUCUGACCUGGAAACCGUGGUUAAAACUCUGGCUCCUGCCUUGCUGGCCGAGUUAGCCAAGAUGAAGUCCUCACCAUCAUCUUCCUCGUCUAAAAAGCCCUCUCAAGGAAAGCCAAGUCUGCAGAAGAGCGAGGCAAGUUCUUCCUCUAAGACUAAGUCUGCUAAAUCCUCGCCUCCAACAAUGGUGAAACUACAAAAGAUUCAACGUUGUGUCACUCACAGAGAUGUGAUCGAUGCUGUCGAGGUCUUUGGGAAAACCAAGUCAGUUGUGGUGUUUCGGUCCAUCCAGGAGGCGGUCGUGUGUUUUGAGAAAGAGGAAGACGCGAAGAAGUUGAAGAGUCUAAAAUGCCUCGUUGUGAAAGACACGACAAUCACUGUUGUCCAUGAAGCGACGACAUUUCCCAAGGAGCAAAAGAAGCCUCCUCAGAAAAAACCUACCACGUCCAGUGUCUCCAACCCACAAACGAGUACCACAACCAAGGAUCUUACACCUGACAAGCCUCUGUCUGAAAAACCUUCAUCUUCACCUUCUGGAGCUUCAACAGACACACAAGUCUCGGUUCCCAAAAUGAAAAACAAAUCAGCCAAGCAGGAUACCACUAUGGCAAAUACUAAGAAAGCUAUGAAAAAGGCUGUGGUUGAGAAGAAAACACCCUCAGGAUCCAAGCCCUCGACUCCAGAGAAACAGCCCGAUGUAGAAAGUUCCGAGCCUAAAGAAUCUGAAACCAAGAAGCCAGAACUUGACAAAGCCGAUGAUGUUGAAGAUGGUGAACCAAUGGAGAUUGGGGGAAUGGGAGGUAAAGUGGAAGAGCCCAUGGAACUGGGAGCUUGUGCUGAGGGCCAAGAAGAAAAACCAACAACUACAGAGGCUGUAGCAGAAAAUUCAACAGACAAAUCCAGUGAGAGUCAACCACCAAACAGUGCAACUGAGACCCAACCAGCAGAAAUCAAGACAGAGGCUGCAGAAAGCCCGACUGAAGCCGCCAUGGAGGCAAAUCAGUCAGGUCCAGAGUUGAAAACAGGUAUGUUGGAGACCCUUUUAAUACAAGAUUCUAGUGAGAUCACAAUAAACCUUGAACCGAACACCAUCAGUGUCAAAGCCGAGCCUCCAGCUGUGAAAAGUCAAACCCAGCCUCCUCCUUCUGAACUAUUGGAGAGUGGAUCACAACCUUCUCUGCUAACCAGUGGGCCAGGGGAAUCCACCAUCUCUGAGCCCAUCACAGCAGGACCAAGUGGCAAAGCAACAAAGGAGGAUGGUGAGGAACCAGGAACUGAGACCGCCAUGGAUUCAACUGAGGCAAAUGAAGAGGUAGAGAAAGCAGACACAUCGCCCGUGCCUGAAGAAAACCUUGAAGAAGGUCCACAAAUUGACACGAACAUUUUGCAGGAGCUCACCGAAGCAAUUCGUAUCCACAGACUCCAAAAGGGGAGCAGGUCCCAAAGUGAGGAGAAGGAGGGUCAGGAUGAUUUUACAGAUAACAUCGACUCUUCAGACAGAAGUCCUUUUGAUGAGCAACAUUUCAAUAUGGAUGACUUUGUCACUGUUGAUGAAGUUGGUGAUGAUGUGGGAGACUCGAAACCCGAGCCUCGUAGCUCCGCCUUGUCUAAGAAGUCCUCCAGAGUGAGAAGUGAGAGGCAAAGCUCAGAUUUGUCCUCCACUGGCAAGCGCAUCUCAACCAGGUCUUUAAAAGACUCUAAGAGCCCAGCCUCUUCCUCGUCCAAGUCAACCAAAGGCUCAAGUUGUUCUAAGACGAGCUCCGUGUCACCGAAAAAGUCCAAAGACUUAUCUGGUCCCUCCAAACAACCAGCCUCUGUCAGUGCCAGUAAGGCCUCUGUCUCUGCUUCAAAGUCUAUUGAAACCUCUCCAUCCCCUGGUCAGAAAACAAAACAGAGCAAGACCAAAUCACCUGUCAAAUCAUCAAAUCCUGCAUCCUCCGGUCGUAGCACCCGCUCCUCCUCCGCUUCACAUGACACCCAAAAGAUGGCAUCAGCAGCUACUGUUGAGGCUUCAAUGGAGACUCAUUCAGAGCUGCUGAAAGAAGAAGCAAAAGCCAAGGGGAGUGCAGUGGCAAAGUCUGACCACAAAGUGUCAGCAGAGGGCCUUACUGCAAAAACUGUUGAGUCAGAGAUGCAGCCUUCUGCACAGAGACAUGAGAUGAGCCAAGCCCAGAGUUUAGAGAUGGCUGCUAAUGACGACAAACUCAAAGAUACAGAACCUACAGAGGUGGAGGAGGAUGAAACAUACAAAAUCCUUGAUCAAAUGGAUGAACUUGUGGAAAAUGUCGACCAAGACAGCAGCUCUGAAGUGCAGCUAAUUGGUCCAGAGGAAGGCCAGACUUUGCAUGAGGAAAGCUCCAAGUGCAAUGAAAUGGAAACAGACAGUUCUUUACAAGUGUUAGACAGUGUAACCGAAAAGAAAGCAGCUACAGGUCAAGAAGACGGUUCCACUGUAAAGCAACUGUCCGAAGAAGAUGCACCUUCAGCAGCUGACCAAUCUGAUAAAGAUCCAGUAGAUAAAGAACGUAAGACCGAUAGUUUCCAAAUGUUAGACACAGCUAGUAAACAAGUAUCAAAUGAAGACCAGCAAAACAAAGAUACUUUGAAAGCUCCUGACGAUGAAGUUCCUGAACAAGAAACCUUUGAGAUAUUAGAUUCAAUUGAUGAUCAAAGUGCGAUAGAGGAUGACGGGCAAAACCUUGAAGCUCCAAGUGAUCCGAAGUCUAAAGAAGACAUUCAGCCCAUGGAGGAAGAGGAAGACACAUAUCAGGUAAUUGAUUCUGUGGAAGAUCAGCCAUCAACUGACAAGACGGGGAAAAGAAACCUAAAAGGAAAAGAUGAAAGACCACCAAGGAGGAGUGGCCCCACAACCAGAACAUCCAAAAGUGAAGAGAAGGACCAAUCGCCCAAGAAACAGGACAGGACAGCUAAAAAAUAUGAGACACGGACGAAAAAAGGCAAAGAGGUCAAGGAGGAAAUGGUUUAUAAGAUAGUGGAUUCUGUUGAAGAAGAACAGGUACAAGAUGUAGCCAUUACAGAAGUGUCUGGUAGAAGAAGGAGUGCAAGAGGAAAGAAGGAAGAUAAAAUAACAUUAACCCCAAAAGAGAGCACACCAUCAAAGAAGAGUGAAAGUGUUUUACUGGCGAAGAGUGAGGAGGACACUAUAUCUCUGAAGGACGAGGUUAUUAAGGAUGAUCGUCCAGCUACAAAAAGAAAAGGACAAAGAGGAAGACCAAAGAAAGCUGUUAAAACCACUAAAAUAGAAAGUGCAACAUUAAACAAGAGUGAAAAUGAUCCAUCCGAAGAAGCAGAGACGUAUCAGAUCAUUGAUUCUGUGGAGGACGAGAUGGUCGGCGAUCAGCCCUCCACAGGACAGUCCGAAGAGAAAAAGUCUACAAACAAUGACCAGCAGACAGAGAAAAGUUCUUCUUUAAAGGGUCCACUGAAGAAGGAGGAGGAGGAGGAAGAGUAUCAGAUCGUAGACUCCCUAGAAGAAGCUCAAGAAGAGCUGACAAAAGAUGAAUGUCCUUUGAAACAAGAGGCAUUGCGAAAAAAAGAAGAUGCACCAACAUGUGGUACCACAAUUGUGGAAGCAACCAAAACAGUUGUCGUCAAAAAGGAUACUUUCCAUGAGAUAGUUGAUGAUUUACAGGAUGCAAAUGAUCCGUCUGCUGCAGAAGGGUCUGCUGCAGGAACUAAGGAAAGUGCCCCAACAACAGAUAUUAAGAAAGGAGGUAAAUCAGCGACUAAAUCCCAGAGUGAUACAGACGUACUUGAAAAGGAGAACGAUCAAAGUUCGCCUUGUGAAACGACAAGCGCUCUGGUGAGCCUGGACGAGGUGAGCGAGGAGGAGGAGGACUACCCUGACGACGAGGAAGAGGAGGAAGAGCAGAGGAGGAGACAGGCAGCUGCAAAGGAGAAGCAGAUAGCCAAGGACCGGGAAGCAAAGAAGAGGACCAGGGAGAAGGAGGAGACAAGGGCUAAGGAGAGGGAGGAGACAAAGACUAAGGAGAAGGAGGAGACCAGGCCUAAAAAGAGGGAGGAGACAAGGUCCAAGGAGAGGGAGGAGACAAGGCCUAAGGAGAGGGAGGAGACAAGGUCCAAGGAGAGGGAGGAGACAAGGUCCAGGGAGAGGGAGGAGACAACCACCAAGGAGAGGGAGGAGACAAGAACCAGGGAGAGGGAGGAGACGAGGACCAAGGAGAGAGAAGACAGGGAGCGAAGGAGCCGCAGCAGCAGCAGAGGAGGAGGAGGAGGUGCAGAAGGAGUUGCGAGGAGGGCGAAGAACAGGGGGAGGGAAAAGGAGGAGACGGUGGAGGUAGACCCCAAGGAGCUGGUGACUCUGGAUGAAGUGGGAGCAGAUGAGGAUGGAGAGGAAACGGCGCUGGGGAGCCAGGAACGGGAUUUUGAUAUCAUGGGGGAAGACCUGCAGGGGCUCGUCACUCUGGACGAGUUUGUAGACGAAGACGAAGACGAUGAAGACGAAGAGGGGAACGCUGAGCAAAGCAGGCCGGAGACCCCCCAACACCACCAGGAGGACGAAUCGGUGGACUCCUCAAAGCCACAGACUUUAGAUGAAACUGGAAAUGAUGAAGAGAAGUCUGAAGAAAAGAAAACCGAGACGACUUCAAGAUCUGCCAAGCGCAAACACGAUGAGGACACAGUUUUAGAAGCAAGUUUGAACUCAACAGACCAGGUGGGAGCGUUGGAAGAAGAGGAACCAGUAAAAACCAAGACGAGAGGACGAGCCAAGAAGAAAACCAGACAGACCCCUGUGAGAAAAUCUACCAGAGGGAAAAACGUGACCGAAGAAGAAGAAAAGGAACCAGCGUGCUCUGAUGUGCUGCCUCCAACUCCACUGGACAAACAUCUGUCUGUUAGCCAACCGGAGAUCCAGAAGACAGAGACGGAGGUGGAAACAGAGAACCAGGCUGACCUGGAUGCUGCCUCUGCUGGGCAGGAACCACAGCAGGAGCACCCUGAGAACCAGGAGCACCCUGAGAACCAGGAGCACCCUGAGAACCAGGAGCACCCUGAGAACCAGGAGCACCCUGAGAACCAGGAGCACCCUGAGAACCAGGAGCUGGAGGAGUACGUAAAGGAAGGAGAGGAGGAGGAGGAAGGAUGGAGCAGAGCCGACAGUAAAGCUGUGAGUAAACAGAGGAGGGACCCUGUUGGACCUGAAGCCAAGAGAUCUCGUUCUGACGUCAGACUGACACCAUUCAGACCCAACAACCCCCUCGGUCAGGAGUUCAUCGUCCCCAGAUUAGGAUAUUUCUGUAAUCUCUGCUGUGUUUUCUACCUGAACGAGAGCAGCGCCAGAGAGCUGCACUGCUGCAGCCAGAGACACUACCACAACCUGCAGAAACAUUACGAGGACCUCCAUCAGAACCCGUCAGGAGGUUCUCAGGGUUCUGGUUCUGACUGAUCAGACUCCAGGAAUCACUUUGUUCCUGUCAGAAAGAGAAACAGGCGGAGCAGCUUCAGCUCAUACAUUAAUGUAAUAUAAUAAUGAGUUCAUAUUUCUGAAACGUCUUUUACUCACCAAUGAAUCAUUUCUGAGUGUUUUUAGGAGGAACAGCAUGAAUUUGUCACACACAGACAGAGAAAAGUGAUAAAAUGAUGUUUCUAUAUUUGUGUUUUGUUUUGCUGGUUUUCUAUGAGUUUGUUGACUGUCGGCUCUUCAUCACAUUAUUAGUGAAAUAAAUCUAAAUAUCUCUGUCACCUUUAUUAAAGAUGAACUGGACUCUGGAAGUAACUUUGUUUUCAAAUCGUUACAAACUGUUCCAGACAUUAAAAAGGUUAAAAUGAACAAGGUUUUAUUUUUUUGUCUGUCAAUUGAAGAUCGUUAUUGUUUAUAGUUUUGGGUAAUAAAUGUUCUUCUAUCUCUAGUAAA